AUGUAUUAUUUGCCAACGAUAAUUACACUACCCUGCUCUAUAUUACUGAUUGUUGUUUUAUUCAAGAUACUUCUGAGUUAUGCUGCUCAAUAUAUAAUAUUUCCUGGAUCUAGUUGGUUUUGACAAAGAUCUAUUGAAUCAAGUUAUUGUAAAGAAUUAACCCAUCAGCUGUAUCUUAAAGUAAAAACCUUGCGCACAUAUUUAGAAAAUUUAUUUCCAGAAAUUGCUAAAUCUCCCCCUCUGUGAGCGAACAACAAUUUUGUUCGCUAACAGAAGGGUUUAAUUUUUUUAAAAAAAAUUUAUAUAGAAAUUUUAUAAAUUUUUUUUUCCAAUAUUUAAAAAGAUUCCAAUUCGUAAAUAUUGAGAAUCUUUAAUUUGCAAAAUUUAUAUUUUAAGACGCAUGUUGUUUAAAAUUCAUCAAAAUUAGCUAGAAAUUUCGUUAUAGUAAUUAUCAUUUAUAUAUUAUGUUUUUGUUUUCAUAAAAAAUUUUUGUUCGCUCACGGAGGGUGGGGUUUUGGGCAAAAAUAAAGAUUUUUCUAAUGGUUUUGCUCGCUCACGAAGGAGGAGUAGAGAAAAUCUUGAUAACUCAAACUUCCAGCAGACUACAAAUAUUCCAUAUAUUUGUACACUUUUUGAAUCAGUAAUCGAUAAUUUGCAAACUUUAGAGCCAAAUAAAAUAUCAAAGAAGCAAAAAAGACUGUUAAAUUUACUAUUAAGCUUAAAAAGAGGAUUAGAAGAAACAAAUAUCAUUAUAAAUUCGCAUGAAGAACUUAAUUUAUGGAAGUGGAUGAACAUAAAAUCAGAGAGGAAUGAGCCAGAAAGCAUUGUAUUGGAAGAUUAUCCUCAAAACGACCAGAUUAGCUCAGUGAUGAAAAUUAUUGCUGAAACAGAAAGUGCUCUCUAUGAGUCUUUCGGCGAUCUUUCUUUUUUGAAAAGAGCUCGUCGAUGAUGAUUUGACGAUACUUUAGGGUCUAAAGAUUAUAUGCGAGCAGAUUUGCUUAAAAGAUUCAAUGCAGAACAAUUAUGAAUAACGUCCUUAGAUGGAGCCAAGAUAGAUUGCUUAUUUGUGUGCAGUUCUUCUCUAAAUGAAAAUGCUCCAACAAUGUUGAUUUGUAAUCCAAAUGCUGGAUACUAUGAAUAUUCCUAUUUUCAAACAGAUUGAUUAGAGUUUUACCUUACUCACGGAAUCAAUGUUUUCCUAUGAAACUAUAGAGGAUAUGGACGAACAACAGGAAAACUGAGUUUAAAAAAUCUGAUGAAUGAUGGUGAAAAUAUCGUGAAUUAUUUACGGACAAUUAAACAUGUUCCUAAGCUUGGUGUUCAUGGCGAAUCAUUAGGAGGGUGCAUUGCCACUUAUUUAGCUCGGGAAUGUUCUUUAGAUUUUUUAUUUGCAGACAGAACAUUUUCAUCAUUAUCUGAUGCAGCCCUUUUUAACUUCGGAAAAGCUGUAUAUUGGUGCUUUCGAUUAAUAAGCCGUGUUGACGCUGAUUCAGUUGCAGAAUAUCUUUCAGCUGACUGCUACAAGGUUUUAUCUUCAGAUCCUCAGGAUAGAAUGAUUAAUGACUUUGCUUCUCUAAAAUCUGGGGUUGCUUUUAAAAGCAUUUGAAGCCAUGAAAAUGUAUUGAAAACAAGUGUGCUGAAAUCUGAUCUUGGGAAAAAGUGGCAUAUUUUAAGCCACACUGAAUUUCUCCAGAUGAAUAGUUCUUUAAAUAGAUUGACGAAUCUAAUAGACCAUUUGUCAAACCCACAAAUAACAAAUGAAAAAUCGUUUAGUAGCUAUGCAGAAUUAUUUAAUCAAGACCCCAGGGUGCCACACCAAUAUCAGCUCUUAGCAAAAGAUACAGACUCUGCAGAAGAUGAGAAUUUAGUUGCUGUUGUAAAACGGAUUAACGAAAUAUUUGAUGGGAUUGAUGCUGGAGGAAUCUACCUUGCCUCUACUCAAAAGAAAAAAUAUCCUCAGCUAGCUUUGCUUCAAUGGAUCAUAAUAAUUGACUUAUGAGGGUCAAGCUCCCCUUCUUUUGAAGACUAUUCAAAUCCAUUGAUAAGAUCUAUAGACUCAUUGAUCAGAGGGGUUAAAAAUCUGGAGUCUAUCUUAAAUAACCCUCUCAAUACCUCGAAUCCUUUAAUCAGAGAAAUUUGUAAAGACGUCAGAAAAGUUUAUGAAAGUUUGAAGAAGAUCCUUACCUUCAUAGAAGAAAGAAAUGAAAGAAUUGCGUCGUCAGACCUUCAAUCUGUGGAUUUGACUAAUCAAACGAUGAAUAGCAAAAAUUAUAUUGACUACCAUAAGGCCGGAAAUUUGCUUACCUUAAGCUGUGGGCACAGCGGGACUUAUAGUUCAAGCGAAAAGAUUCAAUAUGAAAAGCAUUUGAUGAAUGCACAAUUUAUAGUAAGAAAAUAG